AUGAAAUACCGACGGAGCGAAUGGACAGUACGGUCCCUGGCUUCUGAUAAUCGAAUCGUGUCACGGCCAUCUCCACUGGUUCAGCCCGUGACCCAUUUCGGUUUUAUCUGCCCCUCCCCUCCCCCCGCCCAUUUAACCAUCCACCCUCGACAUCAUUUCGAACUCGGACGUCGCUCUUCAUUUCUUCCUUUCCCUUCUCCCCUUCCCGACCAACUCAUCCAGCUCAGCUCAGCUCAGCUCAGCUCAGCAGACCUCGGUCUUCCAUCCUUCGAAUUCCAUCCCCUCCAGCUUCUCGACAACGGAGAAGUUCCAUUGCCGUCGUUCAGAUCCCCUCGCAGUGCCACUCCGCUUGCAUUGUCGUCUCUUGCCGAGAUCGGCCGCGCUGCGUUCCGGAGCUCUCCUCCCCCUCCAGCUGGUGUCUAUUCCGUGAGUCACUCUCCCAUCCUCAUCGCGAGCUUCAGCUUGGCGUUCUUCUUCCCUCCGGAGCAAUCAAUGGCAUUCCAUGCUCUCGCUCCAAUUCGGGGACCCAAGAAGAACCCCCUCAUUGACCGAUUUCUUCAUCUCCAUUAG